UCUCCGGUACACAGGAUGCAGAGUCCACUUUUCAGCUCUUGGUUAAGGCACUGGCAGGAAUUCGCUUUUCCCAAAUAUAGAAGUGAACUGAGGGCCGAGGUCAAAAAACAUGCUAAGGAUCAGAGCUGUUUCCUUGGCCCGAUGCUAAGUUGGGCAGGGAGAUGAAGUGAGCCAUUUUGGAAAAGCGAUCCACCACAGAAAGAACGGUAGUAUGCCCAGCGUAAGGGGACAAAUUUCUGAGUUAUGGCCACCUGAUACUCUGAUGGAGGAAAGAAAGUAUGCUUGGAGCUCUGGGAUAAUGGAACAAUGAAGGAACCAUGACACAAUUGAUGAAUCUGUGCUUGAAGGUGGACCGGAACAAAUAACCUUCCCUCUUCCAGCUGGCAGGAAUCGGCAGAUCAGAGCUGGCUUGAUUAAUUCUUCUCUGGACGUCCAGGCAGAGAGAUUGGUCCUUGACAGAGGAACAAUGACACAGUUGUAGAGCCUAUGUGGAUGCAAGGAAGCUCAAUCUUUGCUGAAGGCUAGACCCAAGUUGUGGUAAAAUGUGGGAACGGCAGAGAGAUCAAAAAGGGGCUUAUCAGUAACCAGGGCUGGAUGGAGGAAUUGAAAGGUGUAGUGGGUGCCCCAGUUGAGAACUUGGUCAUUAUUCCAGUCUAUGUUUGGAUUUUGUUUCUGGAGCCAGGGGAAAAUGAGCAUGAGGGGAGCAUGUGGGUAUAUAAUGACUAGGAAGGUAUGGGUAAGGGGACUACUCAAUUGUCAAUAAUUAGAUCUAAUAACAGAUAAGUUCUAGAACAGACUGAUGUUAUUCCUCAUGAGAGGUCCACUUGGGUUGCGUGUGCCAAGGACAAAUCAAGAAUGACAGAAAACUGGUGGACAUUAUUUGAUUCCGAUUCUGACAUAUUGUGCAAUACCAUUGUUGUGUUCUUUGAUGAAUGAGGAAAAUUCUAGUUGGACAGCACUUGAUAAUGCCAGUAGGAGAUGUUAAGCAUUAACAAAUUGAUCAGAUCUACUGGAGUAGCUGACUCUUGAAUGGAUACCACAUUUUUAUGAUUAUGAUGAUGAUGAUAAGUCUGAGAGCUGACAUAUUGUGAAUGUAUGUGCAAAAAACAUGAUAUCUGAGGGAUAAUCGUCUUAUAAUAGUAAUGAUGGUGUUAAGUCUAGUUUCUCUUUUCAUUUAGUUGCCAACUAUGCUUUGUUUAGAACUGCACCACUGGUACUGUGACAAAUAUGAGUUAAAGAAACAUGUUAGCGGAUAUUACAACUAUCUCAACUUGUGGUUGAGGGUGUGGAGGAUGGUAUUAGAAAUAGACUUGUGUACUUUUAUACAUACACACAUUUGCUAUUAAAGUCUAUGCUUGGGGAUUUUAUGCACAACGUUUUCAGACAUGUAUGUGAGACCUUUCUGAAGAACACAAUAAACUUUUCCAAGGCUAGUGCAUGAAUUGUUCUCCCAAAGCCAAAAGACUAACCAGCAUAAUGGAAAACUGUUCCAGUGUCUUGAGUCCACUUUUGGAGAAAUAUUACCUCUCACCAAUGUACGGUCUGGAAUUUACCAUCGGCUUCAUCGGAAACCUAGUGGUGGUCCUAGGCUAUAUCUUUUGCCUCCCUGCUUGGAAGUCCACUAACGUGUACCUGUUUAACCUGUCUGUGUCUGACCUCGUCUUCCUGUGCACUUUACCUGAGCUGUCCUAUAACUACGCUCACAACCUGAAGAAAUUCAAUACUGCACUCUGCAUGAUAAAUCGUUAUAUCCUCCAUGUGAACCUGUACUCCAGCAUCCUUUUCAUGAUGUGGGUAAGUGUGGACCGGUUCUUACUGAUAUGUCACCCACAUCGACAACACAUCCUGUUGACUCUCAAGGCCUCGCUGUGCAUCACCAUCCUGAACUGGAUCUGGGUGACUGUUCAAAUCUCUCCUCUCAUCGUCUUCAUUAUCACAGACUUGGAGCAAAAUAACUGGACAGUAUGUCGUGAUUUUGCGAGUCUGGGAAAUCCCCAAGUUAUUCUGAUGUACAGCAUAAUUCUCACUAUAAGUGGAUAUGUGAUUCCCCUUAUAGGUUUGUUCCUAGCAUCACAAAAGAUGGUUUCUGUUCUCAUUAAAAGAGAGGAGAUGUGUGGGACAUCAUUCCAAAGGCCAGUAAGGGUUGUGAGGUCUGCAGCAAUCAUGUUCCUGGUGCUCUACACACCUCUCCACGUCAUGAGGAUUGUCCGUAUUGUGUCUCGGCUACCUGAAUUAAAUUUGUCACAGUGUGUUGUAGACUACAUCAACGGGGCUUACAUAGUGACACGGCCAAUUGGAUUUGCACAGAGUGCCAUCAACCCUGUGUUUUACUUCCUCAUGACAGACAGUUUUAAAGAAGCUCUGCAGGACAAAUGGAGGCAGAUUAAAAGGAUGAUAAUGAAACAAGUCUGACCCAGACAAAGACAGCACUUAUUAUAAUUGCUGUGCUUUCCAAUACUGUGCUGUACAGAGUUUUUUGCUGACGUGCCAGUAGAGGGCGCUAUUAUUUCACUAAACGCCUGAUGCAACUACUGAAUAAUUCUAAUAAUUCUGAAUACUAAUAAAACAGUUUCUUGAA